GCGACCGUCGUCAUCGCGCCGCGACCGCGCCGUCGCGCCGCGGCGGGCGGGCCAUGGCGGCGCUGUGGAGGGGCUGCGGGCGGCUGCUGGGGCGGCGGCCAGGGGCUGCACAGGCGCUCACCGCCGGGGCCCUCAUGGGAGCUGGUGAUGUGAUUGCGCAGCAGCUGGUGGAGCAGCGGGGGCUGCACGGGCACCACGGCUCCCGGACCCUGAAGAUGAUGGCAAUUGGCUUCUGCUUUGUGGGUCCUGUCGUGGGCAGCUGGUACAAGAUCUUGGAUCAGCUCAUCCCGGGGACCACAAAAGUUGUGGCUGUGAAGAAGAUGGUCCUGGACCAGGGGGGCUUUGCACCGUGUUUCCUUGGCUGCUUCCUCGCCAUCACGGGGGCUGUGAACGGUCUGUCGGCAGAGGAGAACUGGUCUAAGAUCCAGCAGGACUACACGGAUGCCCUCCUGACCAACUACUGUAUCUGGCCACCGGUGCAAAUCGCAAACUUCUACUUCGUGCCCCUGAAGCACAGGCUGGCCGUCGUCCAGUGCGUUGCCAUCGUCUGGAACUGCUACCUCUCCUGGAAAGCAAAUCGGAUGUGAGGGGGGAAGCCGUGUCCCCUCCCUGCCCACCUGCUGCAUGACCGCCCACCUCCAGAGCCCUUGGAACAGGCACCCAUGGCUGUGGGUGGGGAUGGGAUUUGCAGGGUGCUGGUAGCACCCGCCCGCUCUCUCCUCAGGGGACCUCAUCACCUACAGCUGUGGCCCUCACCGCUCGCAGGGGCACAUGGAGAAGACGGCGAUGGGUCCACCCUGCGACAGGCCGGUGGCUGGGGCUGCUCCGGGUCCGGCUGCCUGCCGUGCCACGGGGCAGCUCUGGCCCUCAGCGUGCUUCUCCAUCCAUGUUCACUCCUCUCCCCAGCCCCUGGCCCCACACACGGCGUGUUCCCGCUGCGGCGCUGGUCUGUCCUUCCCCGGUGGCAGAUCCCAGGAAGGGUGAGAAGCCAGAGCGGCACGUGCCGGGUCAGCGGUGCCGUGGGUUGGGCACGGCCCUGCUCGGAGCUGGGGUCAGUACUGCCUGCCCCGUCCUGGGCUGGCUGCCCCACGCCGGCAGCUCUGUGGCACCCGCUGCUGCAGGUGGGCGCGCUGCCCCUGAAAAUGAGUUUCUCUGUAGCCUCUGCUGCGGACAGUUGGAGCACCCAGUAAACAGUGUUUUUCCCUCUUG